AUGUCGUCGAUAUCGAUACCGACGAUGCACGGCGCUUCUUUUCACGCUUCGCGUUCUUCGUCUUUGAAGACGAGCGCGAGGAAGGGUUGUUCUUUUUCGAACGACGCUUUGUUGAAGAAGAGAGGCCGGAAGAGUUUCGCGCGGAGCAGGAGCACGUCGUCGUCGCGCGAUGGCGUCGUCGUCACGCACGCCUCGUCGUCAUCACCAUCGUCAUCGUUCGCAAAGUCUAAGACUUUGUUUUGGCCGGGGUCGCGGCGGCAGGGGAGAGGACGACGGACGAUGACGACGACAGCAAUACUAAGAACAACGGAAACAACGAAAACAGAGGCGAUAGGACGUAACGAGAGUAGGAGUAGCAGUAAUAGUAGGAGUAGGAGUAGGAGUAGGAGAAGAAUAAGAAGAAACAAGGCGAUAUUCGACUCUCGGGACGAGGAUAAAGAAAGCGCGACGAAAGCAGCGACGACGGCGGCGGCGGUAGAUUCUUCUCCCGAGAACCAAGGGAACAGAAAUAGUAGUAGUAGCACUUCUUCGCCGACGGAGUUACUCAAAACUUUAGGCGCGAAAGAUAUCGUGGACGCUUCUCGAGAUUCCAUAGACGACGAGCGAGACGAGACGAAUUCAAAGACGACGCUCGUCGCGUUUGGAUGCGUUCUGUUGGGGAUAUUGGCGUCUUCGGUAUACUUUAGAGAACCAAUCACGGAGGCUUUAUUCGGAUACGCUUCGUAUUUGGACUCGCUCGGUCCCGUGAACGGGCCGUUGUUGUUCGGGUUCGGGUAUUUCGUUUUGGAAAUGUUCGCGGUGCCGGCGUUUCCGUUGACGAUGUCUGCAGGGGCGUUGUUUGGCGCGUUUGAAGGGACUCUGGUUGUGGUGAGUUCCGCGACGGUGGCAGCGGUAGCGGCGUUUCUUGUUUCUAGGUACGUGGCCAGAGACUCGGUGAAAAAAUUGGCGAGCGAAAAGUUCGGCGAGCAGUACAGGAAAAUCGACGAGGCGAUUGGAGAGAACGGAUUCGGCGUGGUUUUCAUGUUACGCUUGAGCCCACUUUUACCGUUUUCCGUGUCCAACUACCUCUACGGCUUGACAUCCGUCUCGGUGUUGGAGUACGCUCCGGCGUCCUUCUUGGGCAUGAUACCGGGGACGGCGGCGUACGUCGCGAGCGGCGACGUCGCGCGAACCAUUUCCGCCGGCGGAGGCGCCACCGUCCAACAAAUCGGUCCCGCGCUGUUGGCGCUCGGCUUAUCCGCGCUCUCCGCGUGGUACGUCGGUAAAAUCGCCUCCAACGCGCUCUGCGAAGACGAUGAAAACUUCUGCGAUACCGAUACCUCUGCGACGAGUUUCGACAAAGAAGAAAAGAAGUGA